AUGAUAUUCAGAGAGUUGUAUAAGAUCAGAGAGAAGAGCAGUACUACCAAGGAAGACAUGAUCAUACCCACGGGAUAUGUCUUCAGGCCUACGGAUGAAGAACUUUUGAUCCACUAUCUCGACAGGAAGUGUAAGCAUCUAUCCCUGCCUUGCAAUGUCGUUUUCGAGCGUCAGAUUUACGGGGUUGGGGACAAAGCGCCAUGGCAGAUUUUCACCAAAGAUGACCCGUGGACAGAAAAUACCGUCUACGUUUACACAAGGUUGAUAAAGGUCACCAAGAACGGCGACCGGGUGGCUAGAACGGCCGGUUGUGGCACAUGGCAUGCAGAGACCGGUCUUGAAUGCGUAACAGAUGAUGAAGGUGGUGUUAUUGGGUCCAAGAAGACGUUGUGUUUUCGGAUCAAUAACGAACCGGGUGUGAUAGACGAGGAGGGCGAGAGAAGAGGCCACUGGAUCAUGCAUGAGUACUCACUCGGCGAUGGUAAGAGUUCUGCUGGGAAAGGAGAAUAUGUUCUUUGUAGGAUAAGAAGAGUCGACAAGGACCCCAAGAAAUCUGUGAGUAAAGCAAAGAAUGUCGAGGCUGGUAGUGUUGACGACGACGUUGCUGUCCCGAAACCAGCAAAGCGUGCGUACUCACUCGAGGGUAGUAAGAGUUCUACUGGGAAAGGAGAAUCUGUUCUUUGUAAGAUAAAAAGAAACGCCUCAAGGUUCACCAAGAAAUCUGUGAGGAAAGCAAAGAAUGUAUCUGUGAGGAACGCAAAGAAUGUUGAGGCUGGUAGUGUUGACGACGACGUUGUAGUCCGUAAACCACCAAAGCGUGCUAGAACAGAGUUUGUGCCGGAACAGAAGUUGGAUUGUGACAUUGCUGCAGAACUAGAAACAGAAGUUGUUCCGCUUUCAGAGGAUCUAUUUGUGCAAGAACUGGAUAAUAUGACGGGUGGUGAUCCUAAUUUAAUGUUUGAUCUUGAAGAAUUCGUAGCACUUUUGGAAGAGGAUAGGCAAGGAAGUUAUUCACCAAGGCAUUGCAACAGUGCUGCACCUGUUCGAUCGGACCAUACUACCGCAAUAUCCAAUCCUAACUUUAACAUUGCUGCGAAGUAUUUUGAAGAACUAGAACCUGUAGUGGAGCAGCAACAAGGGUUUCCGCUUGACUUUGAUGCGUUUGGUAAUAUAUCUUCCACUACAGAAGUUGUUCCCUCAGGCCUUGCUUCGGUUCCAGAGAUGGCACAGCCACCAAAGAGUUUCGACGAUGAAUGGAACCAGUACUUGAGUCCCAAGCUUAUUGAGUGCUGGGGAGAAAAUAUUUCAAAUACAGAAAUCUCAGUGAGUGCAGAGGUUCUUCCUAGGUAUCAAGAGAGUAAUAGGUUCUUGCCUCCACACUCCGGGUUUGAUGCCACAACAGAACCACCAUCGCUGAUAUCUUCUGUUUCCAAUAAUAUGCAUGUUCAGUUGGAACCUGAAACAAUAGAAGGGCUGAAAAACAUGUCGUGGUCACUGGACAGCUUCCCUCAUGGAUAUGGGGGUGAGAUAGAUCUGUUGCAGAGCAAGGAAUGGAGCUAG